AUGCAGGUGGAAUCCUUCCCUCCGCAGGCGAGACCCCAGCCCACCUCCGGCACAGGAGAGUGCGGGGAGUGCGGCCCCGGCUACGCCUCCCCCCUGGAUGCCAUGAAAGGACACCACUCCCAGUACAGUGACACCAUUCCCAGUACAGUGACACCAUUCCCAGUACAGGGACAGGUCAGGAAUUCCUUCCUGGCCGGGAAGAGCUCCCCGUUGUCCCCCCCUUCUCCCCCCAGGAGAUACUGUGACAACCUGGGCUCCCGGCCCCUCAGCACGGCCAAUUUUGGGAAGAUCAUCCGGGAAAUCUUCCCCAACAUCAAGGCCCGGCGCCUGGGGGGCCGAGGACAGUCCAAAUAUCCUUCCGGGGGGAUCAGGAGGAAGACCGUGGUCAGCCUUCCUCCCCUGCCCAGCCUGGACCUCAAAGUCACCGAGACUCAGUCAGAGCUGUCAGAGCUGGUGCAGUCCUACCCCAGCGAGGUGAUGGAGGCCGCCUGUGCCCUGACCUGCGACUGGGCCGAGAAGAUCCUCAAGCGCUCCUUCAACAACAUCGUGGAGGUGGCUCAGUUCCUGCUGCAGCAGCACAUCAUCAGCUCCCGCUCGGCCCACGCAGACCUGGUCAUGGCCAUGGUGGUCUCAGGUGGAGAACACGGAGAAGACCCCCCUCCCCCCUCCAAGAGAACCGCCCCCCCCCCCGCCGCCAAGAAGAACGGGCUGGACCCCCCCGAGAGCCACGAGAGGACCCCAGAGCAGAGCAAGAAGGAGCCCCCCCAGCCCUGCCGACCCCCGCCCAGCAAGAAGAAGCCCCCGGAGCCCCCCCGGGCGAGCAGCAGCAGCAGCAGCAGCCCCCAGGUGAACGCCCUGGUCGCCCGCCUGCCCCUGCUGCUGCCCCGCAUCCCCCCCCCCUCCCCGAGCGCCCCCCCGCCCCCGGCACCACCCCCGGGCCCCCCCCCCCCGGUGCUGGUGCCCCGGCUGGCCCCCCUGGGGGGCGGCGGGGGGGGCACGGUGAAGGUGGCCCUGCCCCUGCCCGUGGGUGCCACCGUGGGGGCCCCCCCCGCGCUGCCCCUGGGGCUGAGCCCCCCCGGCGCCAUCCCCGUGCUCAACGUGCUGCUGCCCGGGGUGGGGGUGCCCCCCCCGCACCCCCCCCCGCCCGCGGAGACCCCCGGGGGGGCCCCCGAGCAGAGGUCGAAGGGCACCAAGAGACCCCCGGAGCCCGGGGGGGGGGGACGCGCCCCGCACAAGAGGAGGAGGGGGAGGCCCCGAAAGAGGCCCGAGGAGGGGGGUGGGGGGUCCCCCGGGGCGGAGGGGGGGGCGUCGCCCCCCGGGGGGGGGCUCUCCGGGGGGUGGCACUGCCACUGUCCCCGGGGGGGGGUCUCCCAGGGGAGGAGCUCCUGAUGGUGGCACUGCCACUGUCCCCGGGGGGGGCUCUGGUGGAGGUGGCACUGCCACUGUCCCCGGGGGGGGGCUCUGCUGGAGGUGGCAGUGCCACUGUCCCCGGGGGGGGGUCUCCCAGGGGAGGAGCUCCUGAUGGUGGCACUGCCACUGUCCCCAAGGGAGGCUCUGCUGGAGGUGGCACUGCCACUGUCCCCAGGGGGGGGCUGCCCCAGGGGGGGCUCUGCUGGUGAUGGUGGCACUGCUGGAAGGGGCUCUGCUGGAGGUGGCAGUGCCACCGUCCCUGUCAGUGGCAGUGCCACCGUCCCUGGGGACAGGGCCGGU